AUGUCUAGGAAAGUUUGGCAUAAUCCGAUUUAUGAAAGAGACGAGAAGCUAGAAACACAAACAGAAAAGAUAUGCUUCCAUUUCUUGAAGCUCACUAGUAGAAGCUUUAGUGCGGUCAUUCUCGAGCUGCAUCCUGAACUUCUCCUCCCAGUUUGUCUGUUUUAUUUGAUCCUUCGCGGUCUCGAUACCAUCGAAGAUGACACCUCAAUACCUUUGAGAACAAAAGAGCCAUUGCUCCGAAACUUCCAUAAUUUCCUAGACGAGGAUGGCUGGUCAUUCAAUGGCAAUCGCCCAGAGGAGAAAGAUCGCGAACUGCUGGUUCAGUUUCACAACGUCAUCUCUGAGUUCAAGAAGAUAAAUCUUGCUUACCGGACUAUAAUCAAAGACAUCGCCAAGAGAAUGGGCAAUGGUAUGGCUGACUAUUGCCGAAAGGCUGAGCUGGAAACGGCAAAGGUUAAGACCAUCGAAGAAUACGAUCUCUACUGCUAUUAUGUGGCCGGCCUUGUUGGUGAGGGACUCACCAGACUUUUUGUUGAGGCUGGAUUCGCCAACCCAGCGCUUUUGAAUCGCCCGGAGCUCUAUAUCUCAAUGGGUUUGUUUCUUCAAAAGACGAACAUUAUUCGGGAUGUCAAAGAGGAUCACGUUGACAAGCGCUGCUUCUGGCCAAAGGAAAUCUGGUCAAAACAUGUCAAUGAGUUUGAAGACCUAUUCAAACCUGAAAACAGAGCUGCUGCCUUGAACUGCAAUGCAGAGAUGAUCCUUAAUGCUCUUGAUCACGCUGACAAGUGCCUUUUUUAUCUUGCCGGGCUUAAAGAGCAGAGUAUUUUCAAUUUCUGUGCAAUUCCCCAGUCUAUGGCCAUUGCAACCCUCGAACUAUGUUUCCGGAAUGAAACCAUAUUUGAGCGUAAUGUUAAGAUCACAAAGGGCAUCGCCUGUCAGCUCAUGGUCCAAUCAACACAGAGUGUGCGGGUAAUUUGCGAUGUAUUUAAGCUAUACAUUCGCAAAAUCCACAAGAAAAAUACACCCAAGGACCCUAAUUUCCUGAAAAUUAGCGUCGUCUGUGGCAAGGUCGAAAAGUUCAUUGAAUCCAUCUUUCCCUCCCAAUCGGCGGAGCAGGCUCAUUUGCGGGCAAAGCAACAUAAAACUCCGGAGGAAACUGAACAAGCUCGACUGGAUGCCGAAGCCCGACAGGAUACAAUGUAUAUAAUGUUUGCCCUAUUUGGGGUCCUGUCCGUCCUUACAGCUAUCAUGAUAUUUGCCGCUUGGCUUUUUGGAGCUCGUUUCGACCUCGCUUUUGAGCAACUUAAGCAAGGAAAUUUCCGUCCUCCGCCACGUUUCUUAGAGUACCAGGAGCUAUAG